UUGUUCCUCCCCUUUCUCCAUGGCAACACAACAUCUUCCCAAACAGAGCUUCAAUAAACAUGAUAAAGGAUAUCUUAAUAUGAGAUCUUGUACUGAUUCUCUUCUACGUCGUGAAAGCUGUGCGCUUUGUGCCCUGGAAACUGGCGCCAUUUUGUUCAUCACUGAGACAACACAUAACAAGCGAUUUGAAAUUUAUCAGUUUACACGGGGUUUUGUUUAUUUAUUAGUUGAGGAUUUUUUUCGCUUUCGUCGCCUUACAACACAGAACCAUCGUGAAGGUAUUGUUGAAUUGUACAGGAUAAAAAGCACCUGGAGAACAGAACAUUUUUUUGCUUAAAAUCAAAACAAAAGAAAACAACCGGGCUUAAUUUCGUUCAGGGUUUUUUUUUGCAUUGUUUUGUGUUUCGCUUUCGUCGCCUCCUGCCGCAGAACUUAUGUUGAGUUCUUGUUACGCUGUUCUGGACAAGAAACGCCUGAAAAACCACCAUGGAUAGCAUCCUUGAAAUCGGUCCAGAAGCGGAACAACUUCAUUAUGCCGUCGGAACUAUUCUCAUAGUCUGGUGGGCUGGUGGUGUAUUUGGGAAUGCGACCCUUUUCGCUGUCUUCGCCAGAUACCGGCAGCUGUGUAGUCCUGUCAAUGUGCUUCUUUUAAGUCUGGGGCUAGCGAACCUUGGAAUGACUGCAUGCUGUAUUCCUCUCUCAACCACAUCAAAUUUCAUCCAGAUAUGGAUCUUUCGGUGGGAAGGCUGCAAAUUCUAUGGCUUUUUCUUCAUGUUCUUUGGUUUAAGUGUUAUCGGUAAUACCGUCAUACUAGCAGUUAGCCGAUAUCUUAUCGUCUGUCGAGGAGAACUUGCUCAACAGUUGACCUUUUCGCAUUACCGUUACUUCGCGAUGUCGGCCUGGGUGAAUGGGCUCUUCUGGGCCGUCAUGCCCAUAUUUGGCUGGAGCCGUUACGACAUCGAAGCGCCUCUCCAGACCACGUGCUUCGUCGACUGGCAGCGCACCGACCUCUCCUACGUGUCCUACAUCAUCUCGUGGUUCGUUGUCAACUUCGUCUUGCCUCUGUCGCUGAUGGUGUUCGCCUACGUCAGCGCCUUUCUCAUGAGACAGGAGGGGCAGUUCGCUGAUCCCAUACGCAACAAUGAGCCCUUGCCUUCGAAUGUGGACUGGGCGAGCCAGCCCGAGGCUCACUGGGUCGGUAUCGCCACCGUAGUCGUCUUCGUGCUCUCCUGGCUUCCGUACAGUGUUGUCUUUCUCCAUGCCAUCGCGGAAAACAUCGGCGACAUGCCUCCAAACCUUCCCAUCAUCGCUCCGUUGUUCGCCGAGAUCACCCUCUGGAUCCAUCCCAUCCUAUUCCUGGUCUUCAUCAAAAAGUUCCGCUCGUACGCCGCCAUGAUGAUCUGCUGCCGUACCGAAGUCGAAGAGAUCGAAAUAAACCCGCAGGCCGACAACAGCCAUCGUACGUCGGAAACGCGACGGUUCGCCGAUCAUUUCGUCUAGCUCGGCGGCGACCCGAUUGCGUUGUCGAGGUAAAUGUAGUUCAUGCACCUAUUGUGCAUUGUACCAACGCUAUUUUUCCUUAUGAAAACCAAAAACACGAGGUGAGCGUUCCCGCAUGCGUAGAACGAGAAUUCCUUAUUCUCCAGAUAAUGAAACUUCCCUUCUUAAAUCAUUAAUAUCAUCAAUAUCAUGUCACUUUUACGUUCUGAUCGCCCCCACGUUUCAUUCACAAUAGUUAAUGAAUAAUUUGCUUCUGUACAUGUUGAAGGGAAAUGAAAAUAAACAAAUAACAAGAAACAAAAUGAUGUGAGCUUCAAACGAAACGAAGCAUGAUGAUUUCAUAAAAAAAGGACCAUAAAGAAAAUAUGAAGAUAUCUGUUAAUUUCUACUGGAAAUAAUUUCCUGAGAUUUGUAAUGUAAAAUUGCUGCAUUUUUAAAUUGCAUUCUAAAAAUUCGCUUUUCUUUAACAUUUAUAUGUCAAAUUGAUU